AGUGAUAGAUAGUUUUGAUUGAUUUUUUGCAUUAAGAAGAUGUGGGAUGUCCAUGAAUCUAUGGUUUGUCAGUUUUCCUUACUUAUUAUCAACAUUAUGUUAGACAGGGUUUAUUGAUAAUUCGAACUUAUUGCUUGACAGAUAUCAGAGAUGUGCUUUAAAGACUACUUUAAGGUCUCCACGAAACUUUCUCCUUCCGAAAAGUUUUUCGGGAAGAAAGUUUCGUGGGCCCUUCCGCGAAAGUUUUUCCUGCGAAAUUUUUCAAAAUGCCUUAACCGCUAAAGUUUUUUCCCACGAAAUUUUCCAAAAAAGAUGCACCGCGUAAGCUUUUUUUUUCGAAAUUUUCCAAUAAAGUUUUUUUAAUCCUAUCGCUUGAAAUAAAGAAAUGUCUCAAGGAACAAACGACAAGCAGAAAAAAAAACCCUGAACUUGAAGAAAUUGAUUAAAAAUGAAAAAUAUAAAUCAAAAAGUUUUCUUGAUGUUUCUCUCUCCGCGAAAGUUUUUUCUCGCGAAAUAUCUGAAAAUAGGCCAUCCGCGAAUUUUUUUUUUCCGCGUAAUGCAAAAAUUUCGCGGCUUUUUUCCCGCGAAAGUUUCUGACCUUAAAGUAACUUCUCCCAAGUCUUUGCGUAUGGCCUUAUGUAACUUUUAUUUAAGCCCAAAACUGUCCUAGAUGCACGUAAUUUUGUAGGGACAGAAUUAAUCAGUACUGUCCUUUUCCAUUUUGUUAAAUAAUUUCUUAUUAACAAGGUUAUUUGUUUUAUGUUCUCAUAUGACUUUCUAUUUUUUGUAAGAUGAUCCAAAAGUUAUUAUAAUUUUCUGUCAUUAAUUUCUUUGAAAAUUCGAGAAUUUUUAAACAUGAAUUCUAUCGUAGUUUUUAAAGUUCAACGCUAUAAUUUUAUUUGAUAUAUUUGUCUAAUAUGAAAUUAAAUACGUAAUUUAUUGAUAUUUAUAUGUUUUAUCCCUUGUAUAAAUUAAUAGUGUGGAAAUGGCGUACAGAGAAUUUCUGUUGCACUACACUAAGUGUAGUUCUGCUUGUGUGUUUUUAUAUGCCGCAUAAUUCAAAGUGCAAAUCUUUGUAGCAGCAAAGCAGCACGAAAAAUCUAGUAUUAACAAACCUAAUAAAGAGGAUCCUGCAUCUUUUCACUGUUUUGAUUUUCAACAUUUUUAAAAUUGUGCGAAACUCUUUAAAUACCAACUUGACAAAAUUGGAUGACUUGAUAACUUUUUUUUCUUUGUGGAUGUAUGUUAGCUGUUUCGUAAACUUAUUGCGCGCGUAUUGUAGUGAGAUUGUUUGCAACUAACAGUUCUGACUAACGUGGUUUAAAUCCUGCACAUUUAAAAAAAAUAUGCUGACAAUGCACAAAGUAGAGCUACUUCAAUUUGUUUUGUGUGAUUCAUAGCAAAAUGAAAGUAAUAUUUACAGCAAUCUCCAAAUGUAAAUGCUUCUUAAAACCCAGAUAUUGUACAAAACGUUUUGCAUUGCAAUUUUCAAGUGAAGAUCGAGUUGUCAUACUAUGUCCUGGUCAGGGCGCACAAUAUGUUGGUAUGCUACAAAACCUCAGCCCCGAUAUUGAAGAGCGCGCGCGAGAAGUUACAUCAGAAAUAUUGGCUUACGAUUUAGUGAAGGUUUGUCGAAAUGGACCAAGAGAAGUUUUGGACAGAACUUUGUUUUGUCAACCUGCAAUUGUAGUGGCUUCUAUACUUGGAUACUAUACAUUGAAAGGGAGGAUGAAGAAGGAGCAGAAUAUGAAGGAGUUUAAUAUUGGAUAUGGAGCAGGGUAUAGCGUGGGAGAGAUCUCUGCGUUAUGUAUUGCAAAUUGGAUCACUUUUAAGGAAGCGUUGUAUGUUAUAAAGGCCAGAGCAACAGCAAUGGACAAAGCCUCAAGUAUGUCACCAACUGGAAUGAUAUCCAUACAAGGACUCACAUUUGAUGAAGCGAAACAAAUGUGCGAAGAUUUAACAACGCGUGCAAAUAACCCGAAGAAUCGUAUCUCGGUAGCAAUCGAGCAGUAUCCUAAAUCUGUAGCCUUGGGUGGCUCUCACAAUAUGUUAAAUAAAGUAAUAAACAGAGAGCAUGUCCUGAUUCAGAGCACAUCACAUGUAAAAAUAUCUACACUCCCCGUAAGCGGAGCCUUCCACACGUCAUACAUGAAACCCGCUCAGGAAAAAUUUCACAACGCACUUUCCAGCAUCAAUAUAACACGAAGCGAUACGACGCUGUAUUCGAAUGUUACCGGAGAUUGUUAUCGUAAGGAGGAUAACGUUACGGACUUACUUGUACGUCAAAUCACUGAACCUGUACUAUGGAAUUCCAUAUUGAAUAAAUUGCACCGAGACUAUGUAUCCGGUGUUGUGCAAAAUAUAUACGAAGUGGGGACUGGCAGACAAUUGAAAUUUAUGUUUGGAAAAAUUGAUAGUAGAUUAUUGAAAAUUAUUCGCAACGUUGAAAUGUAACCUACUCUAGGAAAUAUCGAUACUGAAUUUUUUUUAAUAAUUAUUAUUAUUAUUAUUUUAUACUUAAGUGAGAUCUCAGCCAUUUUGAAACACAUUCUAGUAACCACUCAAAGACCGAGGUACAAGAUAUUACAGUAGUUGUUACGACGACCUGUUAAUGAAGAAUUACUUUUUAUGAUUAGCUACAUUUUUGAACUUUAAUAGAUACAUUAUCUUUCAGUA